AUGAGCAACGCGGUCCACGUCACGAGAGCUUCGGAAUUGGACGAAGGCACUGGGGGCCAGACAGCUGGCAUGGUGCGGAAGGGAGCCAUCAUCGACAAGUCUGAUAACAUCUGCUCCUUGGUGAUGUGUGCCCAGCCACAUACCUCUUCGGCCGUCCACCACCACGGAGAACAAGAUACGAUUGUAUAUGCUGCCAAGGGUUACGGAUCCAUCGUCUUCGAUGGUGGAAAGGAGCGAAAGGAUCUUUCGCCCGGGGACUUUGCGAUCAUUCCAGCAUAUACUGAGCAUCAAGAGGCGAAUCGUUCGGAUGAACCUGUUGAAUGGGUCAUAGUGCGAACGGGGCGUACACCGGUCACUGUCAAUCUUGAGGGCUGGGGAGAGAAAUAG